GCUGCUUGUGCAAACAGCUGUUCACCAGGCCGCAUUUUCUAGUUCCAAUUUACAUUUUCCUGCUUAGUUUGAUUAUCAUUGUUUUUCUUUUCUUUUUGUGUGAAUAUUAACACAAGCAGCCGCUAAAUUGUUGUUUUUAACGCUGGUAAAGCGUAUAGCUAAGCAUACCGCCUAGCAUCGAACUCAAUCAACAUGAAUUUCCUGCGCCAAACAUUCAACGUUACGAAACAGUUGACGACCCAGGCACUGCAGAGCAACUAUUUGACGGCUGCAUUGCGCGGGAUGGCCUCGUUGAACCAGAUGCAUCGCACAGGACCUCACAUUAAGAAGCGUCCGCCGCGUCAGCCGCUGGAUGGGAAACCCUUUGCCAAGGGCGUGGUCCUCAAGACGCUCAUCAAGAAGCCAAAGAAACCGAAUUCGGCCAAUCGUAAAUGCGUGCUGGUGCGUCUGUCCACCGGCAAGGAGAUGGUCGCCUAUAUACCGGGCAUUGGACACAAUCUGCAGGAGCACAAUAUUGUCCUGUGUCGCGUCGGUCGGCUGCAGGAUGUGCCCGGCGUCAAGCUGAAGGCGGUGCGCGGUGUCUACGACCUGGCGCAUGUCAUCAAGAAGGGCCAAUAAACUAACCAUGUAAUUCUACUCUCUCUCCCUCUUUCUAUAUAUAUACAUAUAUAGUCUGUAUAAAUAAAGAUAGCCAAAACAAA